GGGUGAUAUUCGGACUCCUCCCUCCCUGUGGAUCAUUCUGCAGCCGGCGGCCCGGACAGCGGAGCGUUUUUUCGGGCGAAGCAGCGAGAGAAGGAACCUGCCAGGCCCCAGGAUGAGUCAGCUGAAGGAGCGGUUCGGGUCCGUCCUCCACGAGAAGAACUUUUUCACCGAGCUGCUGGCGACGCUGGAGCAGAAGAGCGGGGUGAAGAGGGAAUAUAUCAGCCUGGGUGCGCUGAGUUUCCUCGGGCUGUACCUCCUGUUUGGAUAUGGAGCAUCGCUGCUCUGCAACCUGAUUGGCUUCCUCUAUCCAGCAUAUUUCUCCAUUAAGGCCAUCGAGAGCAAUGUGAAGGAGGAUGACACCCAGUGGCUGACCUACUGGGUCGUCUAUGGGCUCUUCAGCAUCGCUGAGUUCUUCUCGGACAUCUUCCUCUCCUGGUUCCCCUUUUACUAUGCCGGCAAGUGUUUGUUCCUGGUGUGGUGUAUGGCUCCAGUGUCGUGGAACGGAUCCAACAUCUUGUACAGUCGCUUGAUCCGGCCGUUUUUCCUGAAACACCAAGCCGCGAUGGAACACGCCGUCAGCGAUCUGACUGCCAAGGCCAAGACCAUCACUGACGCCGUUACAAAGGAGGCUGUUAACCAGGUCCUCAACCAUGACAAGAACCAGUGAGACACAUUGGAAGGCCUUGUGUGUUUGUGUAUGCACGUAUUUGUGUAGUUGACUAAGAGACUGUGUGUUUGUUUGUCCGCUCCCUUCCAUGACGAAUGAUGACGAUCCCCCCCCGUCAUGAGGUGAAAUGAAGCUUCACACUCAUCCAUGUCGCUUUACUGCCAUGUGCACUGCUAAGACAAUCGGUGAAACUGUGACAUUUUUAUGAGAUCUUAUUUUCUUUGUUGUUGUGUGACACUAAGUGGGAAGAUGUGGGGUGAUUGUGUACCAGCAGGUUUCAGCAACACUGCUGAUGUCGUCAUUAUUUUGUCUAUUUGAGCUGUUUGAGACAGAAAACUGACACUGAUACUCUCACAGAAGGAGAUUGCCUUAAAAUCAGAAUUUUCUAACAUUUUCUAACUUUUACAUGUCGUCAGUGUCUGCAUCGCUGUUUUAAACACCUUAUUGUCACGUGUGCCAAGCAGAAUGUGAAAUGGUUCUUACCCUGUCUAACUGGAAGACUUCUGUCUGUUGAUAUGUCUUAAUUUAUCAAGUCAAGGUGUUGAAACAGUAAAACUGGAAUCAUGUCAAACUGAAAA